UUGUUAUUAUUUUGUUGUUAUUUUGAGUUACACGUGUUCUUUGCAAUGCUAUGUCACUUUUUGUUUUGAUAUUAUUUUCUCCUCGUGUGAAGACGAGGAAAAAAAUCCUAAUUCACUUCCGGGUCACAGGCAGGAGGACCGUGGAAACAAAACAGAGAAAUGAGAAGAGGCCAAAGAGAGAAUCAUCUAAAGUCCGUUAUUGUUCUUCUGUCCUCCGCUUCGACUCUGUUUCAUGAGCCAGCGGGUAAGUGAAGCUGUCGAGGAGAAAUUUGGACAUUUAGAGAAAACAAUACCAGAGAUGGACCGAGGAGGGAGCUGUUUUACCACCGCGGCUAACAUGCUAACCUUUUCUGUGCCACGUAAGUUAAGAAACAGCCGGAGGGACCCACCAGAGUCUGGGUGUGUGGAUAAACAUGUUUAAACGGACUUUCUGCAGGACUCAUCUCCUGUCAGCCAAGAAUGCUAACUGAUGUUAGCGUAGCUUGCUAGCUGGAAAUAGACGGGAGUCGGCCACAGUUCUGGUUGGAGUAACGUCGAUAGAGUCCAAACUGUAUUUUUCAUUUAGUAAAAAUGUCCGAGCAGGAACUCCAAAGGUCCAAAGAGGAGAACCAGAGACACAGGAAACUACUGGACGCUGUUUUCCAGCCUGAAGUCCGGUUACACAGAGCAGACGUCCAGCUGCUGUUGGUGAGUAAAGAAGAGGUUCCCCCUGAGCAGCAGCAGCAGUGGAGCCCCAGGCUGGACCAGGAGGACCCACUAGAGCCCCCAUACAUUAAAGAGGAACAGGAGGAACUCUGGACCAGUCAGGAGGGAGAGCAGCUUCCAGGGCUGGAUGAGGCUGAUAUCACCAAGUUCCCAUUCACUCCUGUCCCUGUGAAGAGUGAAGAAGAUGAUGAUGAGAAACCUCAGUCCUCACAGCUUCAUCAAAGCCAGACUGAGGAGAACAGAGACGCAGAACAUAUAAAAAUAGAAACUGAUGGAGAGCUCUGUAGAGGACCAGACCCAGCCAGGAACUUUGAUCCAGAUAGUCAUUUACAACCAGCUACUCAUGACAAGAUUUCACCCUCCUCUGAAUCGGAUACUGAUGACAGUUGUGAUUGGGAGGAGACCAGGGAUCCUCAGCCAGGUUUCUCAAAAGCUUUUAGCUGCUCAGUUUGUAAAAGAAGUUUCAGUCAGAAAAUACAUUUGGUCCAACACACGAGAAGGCACACUGGGGAGAAACCAUUUAGUUGUUCAGUUUGUGCCAAAAGAUUUGCACAUAAAGGUAAUCUGACUGAACACUUGCGUGUUCACACAGGGGAGAAACCGUUUAGCUGUUCAGUUUGUGGCAAAACUUUUGCACAUAAGGGAAAUCUGAACGAUCAUUUGCGUGUCCACACUGGGGAGAAACCAUUUAGCUGUUCAGUUUGUGGCAAAACUUUUGCACAUAAGGGAAAUCUGAACGAUCACUUGCCUGUCCAUGCAGAAGAGAAACCAUUUAGUUGCUCAGUUUGUGGUAAAAGAUUCCCCCGAAAGAAAUCCUUUUCUGCUCAUAUGAAACUUCAUUCUGAUGGAAAACCUUUCAGCUGCUCAGUUUGUAAAACAAAUUUCAGUAAGCGACCACAUUUGGUCCAACACAUGAGAAUCCACACAGGGGAGAAACCAUUUAGUUGCUCAGUAUGUGGGAAAAAAUUUGCACGUAAGGAACAUCUGAGAGUUCAUUUGCCUGUCCAUGCAGGGGAGAAACCAUUUAGUUGUUCAGUUUGUGGUAAAAGAUUUUCACAAAAGGGGGCAAUGAGGAGGCACCUGAAAGUCCAUACACGAGAAACCAUUUAGCCGCAGUGCUUUCAGUAAAAGAUUCGCUUUGCUCGAGACUGUCAAAUACCCCAAGUGUCCUGGUGAGAGCAGUGGAAAUAAAUAAAUUCUCAGCAGGAUUGAAGAACUGAGGACAGGACUUGUCGCAACACUAAUCAGCUAAAAACUGUGAUACAGACUCCCAAAUAUGUUUUUCUUUGUCUUAUCUUUUUAGCCACAUGUUUUACUGGCACCGUUUUUAGUUGUACAAUGUGUUUAAAUUGUAUAAAAGUAUUUGACGUCA